UGAAGGCGAGGUCAGUGCAGGUGGAGGUUUUACUCAUCGCUGCUUCUGUGCAAACCUUUUGAGCCAGGAGCUAUUUCAUUUCAUUUCAUUUCAUUUCAUUCUAAUCAACAGGAAACCUUACUACAGCUGCCAACAUGCCUAAAUGCCCCAAAUGCACCAAGGAAGUGUACUUUGCUGAGAGAGUGUCCUCUUUGGGUAAGGACUGGCACAGACCCUGUUUGAAGUGCGAGAAAUGCAAUAAAACCCUGUCUGCAGGCUCCCAUGCAGAGCAUGAGGGAAAGCCGUACUGUAACAAACCAUGCUACGCUGCACUCUUCGGACCCAAAGGGUUUGGACGUGGAGGCACCGAGAGCCACACAUUCAAUUAAAUCCAGACCUGGGUUUGGGCUUUAGAUUUCCUCCCUGUACAACCCAGCAAUGGAGAGUAGGCUGUAAUGCUGCAAGCCUUUUUAUCUAUAUAUAACUCAACCAAAGAAAACAAAGUGACCAAACCACGGCCCUCUGGAUAUGGACGUAACUAUUUUGUGUUAUAUGCAAUAAGGACUGAUUUCUGCAAUCUAGAUUAAGGCUGAAUUUAGACUAAAAGCUUUUUCACUGGCAUUGCAUUUUAGUCCAAAACCAGCCUUAAUGCAGCAUUAGAAAUUAAGCCCAAUAGAUGUUAGUUUGGAGAAUGUAUUGUCGUAUGAUGUAUAAAACCACUGAAUGAUGUUUGGAAUAGGUCUGAUGAACUAUGCAAAAAUCAUUUAUGUAAUUAAACAUUGAUUUGUAAACAUUCA